AUCAUUAACUGAAAACCAAUGUAAAUAGUUCAGAUGAUUUGAGCUGCUGCUCUUGACGGAUGAGAGCUCGAUCAUGAUGGUUUGUUAUCGUUUAUACUGGACGCUGUGGAUGUUGUCUGGUUUUGGACAAUAUUUCGGUCAAGAUCUGCAGUUUCCUGGUCCGGCUAAUGGAGCAGUGGGAGAAAGCGUGAAGCUCGCCCCUGAUAACCCACCCCCCUCCACAUCCAUUCUUAUAACUCAAUGGUAUUUUACUUCAACUCUUAUAAUUACAGUAGUAUCUGGUGUAACUACAGUAACCCCCGCAUAUGAAGGCAGAGCCCGUGUGGACAUCAACACUCUCGCUCUGGAGCUGCAGAAUCUGACACUGGAUGAUUCUGGAAUAUACAGACUGACUGUAACACCUACUGCUGGACCUCCAUUUACAGGAGAAACUUCACUACAAGUGUUCGAAAAAAUAUCUAAUGUCAGUCUUAUUGGUCCAGAAGAAUUAUUAAUAGAGGGAAACUCAUCUGCUAACAUCACCUCUGAGGGAACUGGCAACAUCACCUCUGUGCAGUGGAUGAAAGAUAACAGUCCUCUGUAUCCUAGCAACCGCAUCAUCUUCUCACCUGAUAACAGAUCAGUGUCCAUCAGUCCAGUGCAGAGAUCAGACAGUGGGGAAUAUCAGUGUACUUAUAGAAACCCUGUCAGCUCUGGGACGGCAAAACUCCCCCUGAUCAUCAACUAUGGAACAGAAGAUGUUUCUAUUAAGGGUCUGGAUGUGGUGGAUUUAGGGGUCAGUGUGUCUCUGUCUUGCUCUGCAAAUUCUGUACCUUCUGCCUCCUUCAGCUGGAGGUUUAAUGGAACAGACACCAGUGUGACCACAGACACUUUCACCAUAGAGAAGACUGACCACACACACAGUGGAGAUUACGAAUGCACUGCCUGGAAUAACGUAACAAAGAGAAGUGCUUCACAAAGACAUGCUUUACUAGUUAAAGUCGGUGGAGCAGGAGGAGGAGGACUGACAACAGGAGCGAUAGUUGGGAUUGUCAUUGGAGUUUUAGUGGCAGUUUCAGGCAUUUGUGGUCUUAUUGUCUAUUUAAUAAAAAACAAGAAAAUCCCAAUUUUAAACAAAGAACAAAAAGGAAAAUCAAGUGGAGCAGCAGCAGCACAAAGCAGACAAGAGCCUGAAUCAAACUAUGAAGAAAUCAUUGAUAUCCAGAAGACAAGAAGAGAUGGAGCAGUUCCUGUGAGGAGGAGUGAAUCUACUAUAUAUGAGAAUUUCAGUUAUGAAGAAAAUGAGUAUGAAAAUGUAAAGCAUUGAGUUUCAAACAGGCCAAGGGCUCCUUCACUUCAGGUGAGCAGGUUAAUAAUAUUUAAGUCCAGUAUGUCCUGUUGUGCAGC